UAAUUUAUAAAAUAAGAAGAAACUAUUAUUUUUGUAUUGCUAAAUUCUAUUCUUAAAUAUAUAAGAAAGUAAAUAAAAUUAGUUGAUUUUCCUUCAAUAGGCUUAAAACUUAUUAGCGAGGGGUUUAAUUGUAUGCGAAUCCUAUUACGAUGGAAGUUCAGUUUGGAUCAAAUCCUGUAGAUGAAUCGAAUUUGCUUUACAAACUACAACGUAAAGUUAAGGUGUUUAAUACGUCUAAUUCAUUACCUCAUCGUGGAUAUAAUUUAAUUACUACAUCAAGCAAGUAUGGAAUUGUUUUUGUUGCAUCUCCUCAGGGUGUUUUGUCUGCUUAUACUAUCAAAGAACUAAUAGACCCAGUAUCUGAGCCAAGACAUUUGUCAACAAAUCUUCAAAUACAACCUACUCAUAUAGCCGUGAAUUGUGACCAAGAAUGGCUAGCUGUGGUUGGAGGCCAAAUGCUUUUGAUUUAUAAAAUAACUGAUUUUCAAAAUCUUGCUGUAGGUCCUUCAAUAUCAAUAAAAUGUGAAGUAAAUCCAUCUACUUUUCUAUCAUCCAUACAAUGGAAUCCUUGCAUCCCAGAUACAAUUGCCUUAGUGUAUUUUGAUGGUACUCUAAUAGUGAGCCAAGUAAACACCAUGCAGAAAAAACAAAUACAAUCAAAUGCCAGGUGUAUGUGUUGGAGCCCAAAGGGUAAGCAACUUGUGACUGGUAAUGCUGAUGGAACUCUCUGCCAGUACAAGCCUGAUCUGUCUCCAAUGAAGUCUGUGCCAGCACCGAAUUUGUUUGAAGGAGCACCGGUUGAGGUCCUUGCCAUUUACUGGAUAUCUACUUUUCAAUUUGCAGUUGUAUAUAGGAAUGCAUCUGACAAUAGCCGACCAGUGGUCACAAUUGUAAACACUCCAAAAGGUGGAAAACCUUCAUGCCUGAACUUAGAAGAUAUAUGCUACAGUAUGGGCUCUAACCGACCCUGGUUUUACUAUUUACAAGGACUAUCCCAAUGGAACCUAAUCAUUGCGUCGUCAUCAAACAGUAUGGAGAUAGCAACAAUGGGAUCCAAAGAUAGCGCCAACUGGAUACAAUGGUGUCAGAGCGAUGAAGCUCGACCAGAGUUACCACUAACAGAUAAAAAACUGGAAAAUUAUCCCGUUGGUCUGUGUGUGGAUACCGCUGCGGCACACCAGCUGCCUUGGGGUGAGAAUGAAGUCUUACCUCCCAUGCCGUUCCUCUUGGCUUUAUCCCACACUGGUAUGCUGACUAUAUUCAACAUCAUCAAUUUGGAUAAAGCCGCUCCACAGAUAUGCACACCCAUACAAGCACUAUCAUUGCCGGAAGCUGCGUUUACAAGUGAAGUACCAAAUGAUGUACCCGCUCAACCGCAACAACUAACACAAGAACCACCAAAACUUCAACCAAUCACUCAACAACCACAACCAAUUGCCAAACCGCUGCAAGCAGUCAACCAGUCUCAACAAGUUGCCCAACCGUUUGCUCAACAAGUUGCCCAACCGUUUGCUCAACAAGUUGCCCAACCGGUCGCUCAACCAGUCGCUCAACCGACCCAACAAGCAAUAAGCCAUUUUGGUCAACAAUUUGCUCAAUCCCAUGUGAUACCAAAAGUAGAGCCAUCAACUGGAUUAUAUUUGGCACAAACUCCUAAAUCUUCAAACGCUCAAAAGCCAUCGGCUGCUGCGGUGACGGCCUCUGUUAAGGUAGAAACAAACGCGCCAUCUGCCGCCGAAAUUGAGAAGUCGAAAGCGGAAGCAGCGGCUAUCAAACGUGAGCAAGAGAAAGUGAAUAAAGCCAAAGUAGAACAAGAGUUGAAGAAUAUACUUAUAAAGGAAGUCAACGAUUUCCAGUCGGAGCUGCAUAGGUUCCGUGUUAAUACUUGUGAGAGUCAGAUCAAGAUCCAACAACAGCUGGAAGCGGUCAAACCAGACUUAGACCUUCAAAACUUGGACGGAGAGCAAUUAAAAAAACAAUGUGGUCUUGAAGAAUUAAGGGACUCCAUUGUACACCUCAAAUUAGAGCUUGUGAGGACCUGCGCUGUAGUUGCCGAAGCCAGGACAAACGCCGAAGCGAAGGAGCAUUAUGAGUGGAGCCAAGUGGAUCCGCUCACCGCCAAACGUUUCUCGUCCAUCAAGCAACUUGCGUACUACGUACAGAACCAAUUAGAUCAGGCCCAAAGGGAGCUGGAGAGCAGGUGGAAUGAUAUGGCUUCGAAGACGCAACGUGGGAAAGGUGAGCGUAUGAUUCGUCCUAUACUAGAUGACGUAUACCAGCCAUUGGUGGAGCAGCAAGAAAUUCUUUGUCGCCAAAAAGCCGUACUUCGAACCUUAAGAAGUGCAAUGAACGAGUGCAGCAUCACGCCCCUUUUCAAAUCCAACUCGCUGCUACGGAGCACGCCCUUUAAGAACAAAGAUCCCCUAUCAAAAUUAACGAAGAACAUUCUAAAUAUGAGUAUGGAACCACAGGACAACAAAGAUAAAGAGCUAUCCUCACAGAAGUUAGACGCACUUCGCGACAUGCUGUCAAAUCAUAGACCAAAGAAAAUUAAACCUGUUAGCGUUGAAGUACGACAAUAUAUGGAGAACCUGAGGCAGAGGUACGAAAAAGGAGUAAAAGAGAGAGCGGAAAAGAGGGACAUGGAAAAGCAAUUUGAAAAGCAUGAACAGAUGAAACUAGAAAAGCAGGAAAUCGAGGCGGAAAUUCAGGCGAAAGCCAGAAUUCAGUAUCAGUUAAUGGAAGCUAAGAAGGAACAAAGAAUUGAAGCUGAACGACAAAAGGAUAUUAAGCCGCAAUUCAAAACAGAACUUCCUGCUGCAGCUCCAGCGCCACAAAUUAACUCCUUCAAAAAGAGUGAUCCAAGUCCCAAAGAGACAUCAGCACCUGUGGUCGCCUUUGCACCAUCUAUUAAACCAGCUAAACCGACCUUUGCUAGCUUCUCAAAGACACUUUUUAGCGAUGUACCAAAACAAGAAGUUUCUUUACCUCAAGUUCAGCCCGUGAAAACGGAAAGCAGUCAGCGAUCCUUGAGGGAUUACUUACAAAGUGACGGCGAAUUGCCCAAAAUAUGCUCUCCCACAGCUUUUGCAAAUCCAAAAACUACAUCAAAUUCAGUAUUUUCAUCAAAACCAAUAGCGGAAAUGAGUAAUAUGUUCAAUAAAUUGACGAAUCCUGAUAGUAAACCAGCCAAACCCACCCCUACAUCGGAUGAAACUGGAGAAGUAGAAUCUACCUCAACUCCUGUCAAGACACCCAUCCAGCCAGUGAAAGAAAAGCCCUUAGGCAGCAUAUUCAGUCUAAAACCUACCGCGCCACUAACCAAUGUCCAAAAUGUUCCUGAUGUCCUUAAAAAUCAAACUAUGCUUGGGAAAGCGGAAUCAAAACCAAAGGCUGAAGAACAAAAACCAAAAGAAAAUGUGCCACAAGUUGAAAUUAAAAUAACACCUAAAAAGGAAGAAUUGAAGCCAUUUACCAUCCAGAGCACAACUGUACCGCCCUCUUUGUCUACUGCGCAGUCUGUGUUUAUAAUUGACCCAAAGAAACCAAGCGAAGUUAAAAUUGAAUCGUCUUUGCCUGCAUCGUUUUAUACUUCAACUCCUCUACCUUUACCUCAAACUCCAGCUUCCCCUGUUGCUCCUACACCUCAAGUGUCCGCAACUGUAACAGUAAAGGCUGUAACCUCACCAAAAGAUCCAACACCAACAAAUGAAACUAAAUCUGAUAAAGAAGUUGAAAAACCAAUCCAAUCUGUGCCGUCUAAAACAGAAUCAAGUACACCAACCACGGCAUCUCCUGUCACUAGCGAGUCCACAAGUCCAACUGCGAAAUCUGUGUUCAGUAGCGCUUCUAAGUCCUUAUUCAGCCCUACAUCUGAAGCAAAGCCGUUAUUCGCAACGACUUCACCAACAACACAGGUCACAACAAUAUCAACUCCCCAAGACACUUCUUUUGGUCAGGCGGCUACCACACAAUCCACUGUUAGCACCACUAGUUCGACAUCUUCAGCAUUCGGUACCGCGCAAAGUGUGUUUAGCGCUGCCAAUUCUGCUUUUGGCACUGCAACGACCACGUCCAGUGUAUUCGGUACCACUCCAGCUUACGGCACUUCAUCAGUUUUUGGUGCUACGCCCAGUUCACCUAGCGCGGUCUUUGGAUCGGCCGCUCAGGCUACUUUUGGUCAAACAACACAAGCCGGUUUCGGAGUGUCCACUACGCAGUCUUUAUUCGGGUCAGCUCCGACUACGUCAGUAUUUGGUGCCACAACAACAACUCCAUCUAUAUUUGGAUCUUCUAAACCAGUGUUUGGUUCAGGGCAGCCAGUGUUCGGAGCAAGUUCACCCUCCUCCGUUUUCGGUUCCCCGACGACUCAAUCUUCAGUAUUUGGCGCAACUCCCACGACGCAAGCGUCGGUAUUCGGAUCAGCGCCUACAACGCAAGCGUCAGUCUUUGGAUCUCCUACAAAUGCAGGCAGUGGGUCGUUAUUCGGUGACGGCGGUUCUAGUUUAUUCGCGGCUGCUAAUAUCUCUACCACUAGUCCAUCACAAUCUGGAGGCAGCUUGUUUGGAGGAAGUUCUGGAUUCGGAAGUGCAAAUACAAACGUCUUUGGGGCAAAAUCUACGUUUAGCGGCUCCAAUGCGACGGCUGCGAGCAUAUUCGGGGGAGGAUCAUCCUUUAGUCAAAAGCCUGCAACUGAUUUCUGGGGUGGGGAAACUAACACCACGCCGUUUGGAUCAACUGGCUUUGGUCAAGCAGAAUCUGGCAGCUUCAGUCAGCCUUCAACGGCUGGACAACCCUUUGGAACUCCACAGCAGACUGCGUUUGGAUCACCUCAACAGCAAUCAGCUCCAGGUUUCGGAAGUUCAUCUGUGUUCGGUGGGAAGCCAGCUUUCGGUUCCCCUACAAGUUUCGGUGGAUCAGCUUUUGGUGGCGUAAACAAAAGCCCCGGUUUCGGGUCAUCUGCCACUUUUGGUGGCGGCCCGACUUUCGGCGGGACUGCCUUCGGGAACACUUCGCCCGGAAAGGCUUUUGGUGGCGCUUCACCCACAGGCUUUGGCACCCCAACGCAAUCGAACGCGACGUUCGAGAACUUAGCGACUCAGAACACGUUGACAUUUGGAAAUCUUGCGCAGAACUCUGGACAGGCGCCUGCUGCCGCGCCUGCCUUCAACGCAUCGCCGUCGUUUACUGGUUGGCGAGGUUGAUACUCUAGAAUAAUUAAUAAAAUAUUUUUAAUAAAUGUUUGCAAAUCAAUAAUAUGUCACUAA